UCCAGCUGUUGCUUCCACAGUGCAGGCUGGUGGGUGAGAGACAUAGACAGAAGAGCACAGCAAGGGAGACGACAGGAAGACGCAGAGGGGGGACAAGACGGGGCGAGAAAGCCAGAGGAGAGAGGAAGGGACACAUAAUGAGAGGAGGAGAAGAAGAAACCCAUUCCAGCUGUGUUUCUAUAACAACUAUCUCUGUGAGAACUUCUUCACAUUGAAGAAUUUUCCGCUGCACACCAAGGGAACAAACUUUUGCUUCUGACAUUUUUUGCUCCUUAUUUUUGAUUGAAACUGCACAUGGGACAGAAAUAGCAUCAACUUUCACUGGGUGAGAAGUCUUCUUGGUUCUGUUUGUUUGUUUUGUGCAUCAAAAGCCUCUUGAACUCCUCAAACAUGAGCUUGGACAACUCGACUCUGCUGGACAACUUGCUGUUUGCCCCUCUGUGCGAUGGCUGGAGCAACAACACGGAGGGAGCCAUCUACCAUUUGGGCAACACCAUGCUGUUCCUGGGCUACAUGGGAGGCAGUGGGGCCUAUGGGUGCCUCUUCAUCUUUGGCUUCCUCACCCCAGCCUUCCUGUGCUUGACCCUGUGGGGCUGGAUGACGAUGUGCGGCCUGGACGUCUUCACCUGGAACCUGCUCCUGCUGCUGGCCUGCUUUGUUCAAAUCUGCCACCUCCUUUUCCGGCUGCACCAGGAGGGCAUACGCAGAGAGGAGCUGACCUCCCUGUACCAGGCGGUCUACCUGCCGCUGGGCGUGCCCGUCCAGGUGUUCAAGGAGAUAGCAAGUGCUUUUGAGAAUAAGGUGGUGGAGCUGAAGGCAGGAGAGACGUACGCUGUGGAGGGCAAGACGCCCAUCAACCAGCUCUCCUUCCUGCUGUCUGGGAGGAUCAAUGUGUCUUUGGAGGGCCAGUUCCUGCAUUACAUCCACCGCCACCAGUUCCUCGACUCUCCGGAGUGGGAGUCUCUCCGACCAAACGAGGAGGGAAAGUUCCAGGUGACCCUGACAGCAGAAGAAGACUCCCGCUACAUCUCAUGGCGCCGCCGCCGCCUUUACAUGCUGAUAUCAAAGGAGCGCUACAUCGCCCGACUCUUCUCCGUCAUGCUGGGCUACGACAUCGCAGAGAAGCUCUACAACCUCAACAACAAGCUCUACAUUAAGAGCGGCGUGCUGCUGGACAUCCGCCUGCCCAGCCUGUACCACGUGCUGGCCCCCUCAUCGCAGAGCAGCGAGGGCGGCAGCUUCAGUGACGGCGGCAUCGCCAGGGAGCAGCAAACUGAGCGGCAAGACGAGGACCAGGCGUUGGUCCACGAGAAGUCCGAUCCAGCUCAGCCUCAGCCCCUCCAGCCGCACCUGCAGGGACCAAUGAAGAGCCACCUGGAUGAGCCCCAGGCCCCCCGGCGCGACCACUAUCAGCACCCCUGGGCGUCAGACCCGGAGCUGCCCACUGGAGGUGAUGGUGACGGAGAUUUACCACCUCGAUUCAAGAGGGGCCGAGCGCCGCUGGCUCCCACCGACACUCCCAAACUGUGAGAACAGUCUCUCCUGGAAACACCAUGUUAUUUACAGUAUAGCAGUAUGAAUGUGUCACAUGUCACUUGUCAUGACGCUGUCUCCUCCUCCUCCUCGCUCUCUGUCCUUGUUCUCACCUCACUUCACAUCCUCACUCCUGAGCAUCAUGUGCUCUUCUCACUCUCUCUUCAAAUUACAGUUUGAGUGAUUCAAAAGCCAAAAAUCAAUAUGCAGAGUUCAUAUUUAUCACAAUAUUAAUUUUAUAUGAAGCCAAUUUGAUGCUCAAAAAUUACAAACACAUUCUUGUCAUGAUGUAAAGGCUCUGAAUUCUGCAUUAAAAUCUGUUGGCUGCUUUGAAAAGCAGGGAUCAACCACAUCUAUUUAAUUUAUGUGAAAAAAAUAUAAUUUAACAACUGAGUGAAUCCACAAAAUGUUCAAAGAGCAGCCAGUAGUUUGUACAGGCUGUUUCAGUAGUACCUCCUUGGACAUGUUGACUUUUAGGUCCUGUAUCCAACAUGUGAUAAACAUGUUAAUAAUCAGUCUGACCCUGAUUUAAAUCCUGACACCUUGAUCUGAACUGGCACCGAGACAGGAAGGAGAGACGACCUUCACUUUGUCACUUACCAGCACGUUAAAUGUCUGAAAUGUUGUUCCAUGUUAUAAAAGCUGAUUUUAUGUUUCUGAAACGGAUGAAUUUGGUUUUCAUCUCAUUCGUAUUUGAUGUUGGAAUGAUGAUCGUUUGAUUUGGACUUUGGACUUCACGUGAUUUAAUGUUCAAUUUGACUUUUAAUGUUUGUUUCGCAAAUCACUUACACUCAGCAUCACAAAGAGCAUUGAUUUAACUGCACACGUUUAACUACACAUUUUCUGGAUCUGACUCAUUUAGAUGAAUUUGGUCAGAAAUUAAAGAAAAAAAAAAUGACAUGGUAUGAAACGAUAUGUUGUACAACUUAAAAGGGGAUGAUCUGCAUCAUCCUUUUCAAGAUCUGGAAAAUAUUUAGUUUUGCAUACUUCUCAAGGACUUUCCAGGCCUGUGUAUGAACUGUUUUGUUGUAGAUUUUCUUUAUGUCACUUUUAUGUUUUGUGGGGCAUGUUUAGUUUAUUGAUCUGAACGCACCAUGACUUGGUUCAGUCAGAAAUGUAUGCUGUCUAACAUUUUCAGAGCAUGACGCCAAAUUCAUCUGAAGGACAACGAUACAUCAGACGCCGGAAGACCAUGUUUUUUUUUUUAAGUUUAGUUUUUGUAACUAACUGAGUAUUUAAUACACACAUGUAUACUGUGAACUGCAUUACUUGUCUGGUUUUGAUGCCAAAAGAGAGAGAUGGGACUAAAAUGAAGAAGUCAGUGUUUUUAAAAAGGUAUUUUCAUGGGGCCAAGAUUUCUCCAUAAAGCUCUUUGUUUGCAGUGAAAAGUGUUGUGUGUUGUCUCUGACUGUCUUCAGUACUUCCACUCACCCACACUGAGCUCAUAUCAUCCUGAUUAGGCUCAAAAUCAUUUUGUAAUACCCCAAAAGGUCAAGGCACAGUCGGUGCUUUGUCAAGGUACAACAGUUAAUGAGCCUUUAUUACUGUGGCUAACACACACAUCGACUGCACAUCAUCAUCAAGGAUUGUUUAAAAUAGAUUUGUGUAAAAGUAGCAACUGAGGAAAUCACCUACCCACAUCCUUGAUUACAUUAUAUCAUAUUAUGAUAUGUUUUGUCAUAGAGAAAUGAUUAAAUAUAAAUAUAUUAAAUAUCGACAGGGAACACCAAAACAGAGUCACCGGUUAUUUCUCUGUUUAUUGCUAAAUUCCCUAAAUAUACAACAGAGUCUGGUCUCAUGGUGCAGAGUUCAUAAGUUAGACUCCAGUUGCAAAACCAGAUAACAGGAAAAAAAAAA